AAUAAGAGACGUUCGCGGUUGCAAUUCUUUCCAAUCAAAAACCCCACUUUUCGUAUUCUGCUCUGUUGCUGAUACUAUAUAUAUUUACACAUACAUAUAUAUAUAGAGAGUUAUAUAGAGAGAGAGAUAAGAGCUACAACGCUACAAUGGCCGAAAGUCCUGCUGCUAAGAGAUGGCUUCCUCUUGAAGCUAACCCUGAUGUUAUGAAUCAGUACCUUUGGGGCCUUGGUCUUCCAGAGAAUGAGGCAGAGUGCUACGAUGUUUAUGGCUUGGACGAAGAACUCUUGGAAAUGGUCCCAAAGCCUGUACUUGCAGUGCUAUUUCUUUAUCCCAUCACUCCUCAGAGUGAAGAAGAGAGAAUCCAGCAGGACGGCAUAAGGAAGGAGAUCAGCAGUAAAGUUUAUUUCAUGAGACAAACUGUGGGAAAUGCUUGUGGAACAGUUGGACUUCUUCAUGGCGUUGGCAACAUCUCUUCAGAGAUAAAGCUUCAUGAGGGUUCAUUCUUAGAUAGGUUCUUCAAGUCUACUGCAAGCAUGGACCCAAUGGAGCGUGCAGUUUUCCUUGAACGUGAUAGAGAAAUGGAAGUUGCUCAUUCAGUAGCAGCUACUGCUGGUGAUACAGAGGCUUCAGAUAACGUGGACACUCACUUUAUCUGCUUCGCAUGUGUGGAUGGAGAACUUUUUGAGCUAGAUGGAAGAAGGUCCGGACCAUUAUCACAUGGUGCCACCUCUCCAAGCAGCUUCUUGCAGGAUGCGGCUAAAGUUAUAAAAGGGAUGAUCCAGAAAAAUCCCGACUCAAUCAAUUUCAACGUCAUUGCUAUUUCAAAGAAAGAUGGUUGAGGAUAUUAAUGUUGCCAUUUAGCUCAACAUGAGUCCGUGACAUAUGGUUAAAUCUUUUAUCCCUAGAAUCUAACUCGGAUUUGGAUUAAAUAGUGUAGACUUUUGCGUGCCCGUUUUACUGCUUUGAGAAUAGUAAGCAGGCUUCCUACAUUUAGCGCCUUCUUGGGUUUGUGCGUGCUUGUGUACACCAACAUCAGAACAUAAACUCAUGGAUCUGUUGCCUUGAGGCAAAUAAUCAGAUAAUGGCUCUCUGUAGGGCUUAAAUGAGUUUCCUCUUUUUAUCAAAA